AUGUUAACUUUACAGACUGAGCUGAUCUUGAGUCUCUUCCUCACAGCUACAGGACUCAGGUUUCUUCCAGCACAAGGUGACAGUGAAGAAGCAAUGUCUUCAGGUGAUUCUCUCACGGGGAGCAGCGAGCUGGAGCUUGGAGAAAUCCCCAAGCGGUUUCGUGCGGGAUUCUCCUCGAGCCAGAGACCCCGUCUCUCAGUCCCGCGUCUGUGGUCGACAUUUGUGGGGCUGCAGAGCAAGCGAGCGGACGCAAGUGCCGAUGACCUCCCCUCCCUGGGACUGCGAUUCCUAAUAAAGCAGCACCCGGCCGGUGGCUCCUGGAGGAAUCGCGGGCUGGACGUCGCGCAGGAGGGGUCGGGGAGGCGAGUCCCAUUUCCGGCUUUGCCGGCGUGGGGGGAGCGAGUGCCAUCACCGGCUCUGUCCGGGUCCGAUCGCAAGAGAGCGGGCAGCAUUCAAAUCCACAAGAUGAACAGCUACGGCGUGUGGGGCACAGUACCGGCGGAUACCCGUUUUCGGGCGGGUCCGCAGAAACGGCGCCCUCCAUCGAAGAAGAACACCCCCCGCUUUCGGCCGAGUGUGGACGACGCCUCAAAAAGGCGGGAAGAGGCGCUGGCACGCGACUGGUUUGGCAGAUCAAACCCAACGGACAAACCGUCAAUAGCAGCAGCGCUCUCUAGGAACUACACCAACGAUGAUGGGAAAAGCAGGCAGAGAAGUGCCGAGGAGGCUUGGAGGAGAUUGAUUGAUAAAGGGAGGGGAGUCACUGAGGAGAUUGUCCUUCCGCUGUCCGAGCGGGAGGCCACCGGAUCAAGCUGCAGAGCUGUACCUUUUACCCAGAGCAUUUCACAUCUAAACUGCAAGACCUUUAACAUCCAAAACCGACUGUGCUUUGGCCAUUGCAGUUCAUUCUUCAUCCCUGGGACAGAACAAAGGUUGUACCGGUCGUGCUCCAGAUGUUUCCCGAGCCAGCUAAAGAAGAUUGUGGUCUCGCUGGAGUGUGAAGGGGUCCUAGUGGUGAGCAGAAACAUCACUCUAAUAGAAGAAUGUAAGUGUGACCUCGAAACAGAGCAACUUCUGAAGAACUGACUGCUUGUCUCCUUACCUAAUCUGUUCAUGUAGCUGGCUGAUGGAGAGGAAAUUUUGCAAAUGGGAAUAUUUUCAGGAAUUCCUUUUUCCCUAGUGACUGUUUUUUCACAAGCAUGUCCAGUCAUUCUGCCCCCAUUUCUGCCUCUUCAGUGUUUGGAGGAGAUGGUGGUGGUGUUGAUGGAGCGGGGGUGCAUCUGACAAUGUAACUGGCUUGGCUGCCUGCAAAACACAGAACCUGCCCCUGAACCCUGUUUUCCAUGCGUUUGGUCACUUUAGGAGAGAGCGGAGUGCAGAGCAAGUUGUGAUAGUGGGACCACAUAACCAGAAGUCGCAAAUUAACUGGAUAUUCCUCUGGUUUGCUAUCUCAACUCUCGAGAGGUACAAGGAGCAUUUGAAAAGGAUGUUAAGACAAAUAGGAUCAUUAGCGAUAACCAAAAGCUUGGCUGAAAAUUUGGAUUCUGAUGGAAGUAUUAAAUGAAUGGAGGUGGAGGAAUUUGGAAAGAAGUACAGAGUUUCAUUCCAUUUGAGUCACUGUUGAGCAAAAUGAGAGAUGGAUGUAGAAGAUGCUGGAGUUAAAAUUUAUUGAAUUUGUUUCCAUGUUAAUUGGAACAAAAAGACCAGAGAUGGGUGGAUGGCUCCCUUAGAUUUCAACAAGACGAGUUGAGAAUCCUAAUUAUGAUUGUGGCAUUUGAUGUCCUGACGGGGGAUUUAUUGUUAAGAUGCAAGUACUGUGCACAGCCAACUAGCAGAUUGUGAAGAGAGCUUGUCUUAUCCUGAAGGGAUGAAUUGGCCUUUUAAAGGCUUGCUGUCAUCAGGAAUCUAAUGUGCAAUUCCAUGAGGUGAGAUCUUUUCAAUAUCGGUGAUGGUAAGGCCUAUUUCUGCCGUGUUUUCUCACAAUGCUUGGAAUUU